AUGCCAAAGACGCCGCAGUCCCAGCCGCCCUCCCCAGUCAAGCAGCCAGCCAAUGCCCCUGCCCCUGACAAAUUAGACAAGAUGUCCGAAAUCACUCUCAGAAAGAAGAAUGCUGACGCUCAGGCUGCUUUCCGUGCACGCCGUGCCAACUAUAUUGCCACCCUCGAAGAGACAGGUCCGUCUGCUGCUAAGUACCUAAAUAUUCAUGUUCCGACAACUAAGUGUCCAAUACCUUAUCCAACGCCUGGUCUAACGGUCCUCCCUCGUGUAACCCACGCGUCCCGGCCCACGUACCACGGUCUUUCGCGAACGGAUCGGGGAGUCAAUUACCAAGUCGACAAGAACGGUAGGAUUUUUAAGGGUGGGAUGCUUGACGAGAUGAGUCGACGCCAGAGUUUGAAGUACGAGAGGGAACCGAUUUCGGUUGUUCCUGAAUUUGGUGGAGGUGAGCAAGCCAUGAAUCCUCAUGAUCUCAACUGCUUCGCAGAGAUAAAGAAAGUGUUGUUUGAAGCGCAUCACUGCGCUGUUCACCAACUAGUGUAUAUUGAUCCUAUACCGUACCAGUCGCGCUGGGUAACGAGCUCAUGCUCGAGGAGAGCAGAAAGGUCCUGCAUAAAUAAGAAAGCCACAUCAACCCAUACACCACCGCAAACCGAAGUCACGAAGGUCACUAUCCACCUUACCUUUACUGUCCUUCGCGUAAAUUAA